UAUGCCAUUACUGCUCAUAUUAAUUCUAUCCCUAAUUGCUGAGGUCAUUGAAAUUGACAUUUCCGUGCCUAGUUUUUCUGAUAUAGUGCGCUAUUUUAACGUAUCAGAAGGAACAGUUCAGUUAACUAUUGCUUAUAAUUUCUUGGGCUUUUGUAUUGGUGGAUUAUUUUUCGGUCCAUUAUCUGAAUGCUAUGGCAGAAGAAAAAUGAUGAUUGUAGGUAAUGCGAUGCUGUUAAUCGGUGCUAUAGGGUGUGUAUUUGCACCAUCGAUUAAUUGGCUUUUAAUUUCUCGUUUUGUGCAAGGUAUUGGUGCCAGCACAUCUGUAAUUGUGUUUGCCAUAAUCGCAGAUAGUUACCAGGGUGACAAAGCAAUAAAAUUUAUAGGCAUUAUGAAUGCAACCUUAACUGUAGUGAUGGCGAUAGCACCUAUUUUAGGAAGCUUCAUUAAUGAAGCUAUAGGGUGGCGUGGUAAUUAUGCAACUGUUGCAGUAAUUUGUUUGAUUUCUUGGAUUUUACUGCUUUUGACAUUGCCGGAGACCAAAAAGGACCGUGCAGCUUUCAAUGUAAAAAAGAUGGUGCAAGAUUACAGCAAAUUAUUAUCUAGCUUAAGAUUUAUCAUGUUGUCUUUGAUACCAAGUCUCUUUGCUUCUGCAUAUAUGUCGUUCAUUACUUGUGGGCCAUUUUUAUAUAUGGAAACUUUUGGAUUACCCAGCAAAAUUUAUGCAUUACAUCAAGGUAUGAUAGUAGGUUCCUUUUCGCUAACCAGUUUAUUUUUUGGUAAGAUCUUACAAAAAUUUGGAGCAAGGUGGUGCGUAAUUAAUGGUACAAUGAUUAUUACUAUUGGUGCUCUACUACUUAUGGCAUCAGGUAUAGCUACACCUUACUCUCCUUAUUCGGUAACACUAUCUAUGAUGAUUUUUUCCACUGGUGCUGCAAUAUGCCAGGCAGUAGUUUUUAAUGCAUCAAUGAAUGUUUUUCCUGAAAUUAAGGGUACAGCUUCAUCUGCAGUUUCAGGUAUCAGGUCCUUCAUGAUGGCAAUUUUUAUAGGCUUAACGAGUUACGUUUACAAUGGCCAAGUAAUUAGCGUAUCUUUCCUUGUUUUAUUUACGGUAAUAUUAGAACUUGCUUUUACUGUAUAUUUAUUACGGUCAUCUGAAAUUUUUGAGUAA